AUGAUUAUGGAAGACGAGAACUUCUCUAAUACAGAGCGACCAGCUAAGCGUGUCCGCCAAGCCUGUGAGCCUUGCAGGCGCAAGAAAGCCAAAUGCCCUGGAGAGCAGCCGGUCUGCUCUCUGUGCGCCAGGCUACGACAGCAAUGUAUUUACGCCGAGGAGCGGCGUCGUCCACCAACAGAAGAAUUGUUCAGGCCAAUAGAGCUGGAAGCUCGAACUUCUCAUGUUCUGGAAGAUAGAUUGCGAAGCCUUGAAAGCAAAGUUGGAGAGGUUCUCAACGUCCUCGGCUCGCGAGGUGAAUCUCGAAUAUCAACAGAGCCCCUUGUGCCACCAGUGACAUUGAAAAUGCCCAAUUCAUCUAUUACACUGCCGCCAUGGGAAGAGAUAAUCCCCAUUGCAGAGCUAUACCUUCUGUAUUGUGAUUCUCAGCCACUUCCCCUCUUCCACCGAGAUGGCUUUCUCGCCAGUCUUCAAACGCGCGAGGCUGAGCUUCUCUUCGCCAUAUUGGCACUAGCUUCGCGGUUUUCCUAUACCUACCACAAUAGUACAGAUUCUGCAAGCCUCGUGAACGGUUAUGCCGAGGUUGCUAGAGGGCUUAUCAUGAAAAGAGUAUCAGAAGGGCCAGUGGAACUUUUCACUCUUCAAUGCCUCUGUCUACUGAGCUUAGUAGAUUUUACAAAUGGCAACACACAUCGCUCUAGCAUCCACAGCAGCCUUGCGAUGAAUCUUGCACAGUGUGCCAAUCUUGGAGUCGAGCCUCGCUCACCAAUGAGCGCAAUAGUUCGAGAAGAACGCAGACGCUGCUUUUGGAGUAUAUGUCUGCUCAAACGACUCCAUGGCGGCGACUUCUCAAUACUAGACAUAGCAGAUCUAGGAGGUCCCCCUUUUCCUAAAAGUCCAGCUCGCCCGGCACUUAUUCUCUCCCCGGGGCAAUCAAUUGAUGAAAUGCGACGCAGCGACAUGGAAGACGAGGGAAUUAUUUCCUACGUUGUCAUGCUCAGCGAAGUCUUCGCCAAAACAGCGCGAUACGUCCGACUUCAUGGCCGACCCAGCAAUGUUCCACCCUGGUCUCCUCAUUCCGAGUAUUCCAAAAUUCUUGCCUUGCAAAUGGACCUCGAAACUCGCAUGCCAUAUAUCCACAGGUUCAAACCUGCGAACCUUGGCGAACGAUCUCUCGAGGAAUUGAAGACACAUCGCGAAUACUGGGGUCCAUGGUUCCUGAACCAAUUCAUGUACCACACAAGUCUGUGUCUUCUCAAUCAUCCCCUUCUGCUUUCUUUAAGUCUGAGGAAUUUCCGAAGUACCAUCCCGGAGAUCUUUCUGCAGCACACUUCGGAUCUAAUAUCAUCUCACACAACCUGGAUCAUUCAUUUCAUCAACUACUUUGAAGAAAAGUCGUUCUUGGUAUCGGAUCCGUUAUUGGGGUAUAGCGCUGCCGUAGUAGCCACUAUCGAGCUCCAACUCAGUUUCACAGAUAACUCGACAAUCAGAGAACAAAAACGUGAACGAUUCACCAAGUGCGUUAAUUUCGUGCAACGGAUAGGAGAGAGAUGGCCGCAUAUGGCUCGGUUGGCCAACAGACUUCAACGACUAGAGGAUGCCGUCUCAGCAACCUACCAAUCGGACCCAGGCGCACAAAAUCAGAGUCUCUUAAUUGAUCUUUCUCGAUUCUGGGAAAUACUGGAAUAUUCAUCUAAUAGUGAUACUGACUCUGCUCGGCGUCUAUUCGGAGAAUCUCUAUAUGCAGGGUCCUCUUCUUCCGGCGCAGAAGUAUCCCAGACAUCGCCUUUGCCGGCACCUUUCCGGUUAUCUGUGCAGGAAGAAGGAGCUUCGAAUAUUCAGGCUCAGACCCUCAGCGCAAAUACUGCAUUUCCGGGCCAGGAUUAUUCAUCGAGUUCCUUAGUCUCGCCUCAGCAGCUUACUCUGUCCAAUGACGAGUUCUCGAUUCUUGCUGCGAAUUUCUUCUCUCAGGGGCAGGAGUUUCUGCGCAGUGGAGAUAAUUGGGAUAGUAUUGGGAACUUCUAA